UUGAAAUGGCUUCUUACCUGCAAAGAACACCUUCUCCACCUGUUCAUUCUUCAUACCAUUCUGAUAAUAUGCAAUCCAUCGACUCUUACACUUCUUCCUGUUGUCAAGAAUGCAUGUGUUGGGUUUGUUGAGGCUUCAACCCCCGAUAUAAGUACAUUCAAUUCAACAUUUGUUCCAAACGAUACAUUUAAUCAAGCUAACUAUUCCAUUAAUAAUCCAUAUUCAUACACCGAUAGUCAAUAUACUUCUUCAAGCACAACUUCUCCAGUUCAUGAGCUAUCAUCCUCAGUAAACAGUUUUAGAAUUCAAGAUAAGGAUGAAAUUCUCGAAGAAAUUGUUAGAGAAUGUGAAGCUAUCAUAGAUAGACAGUCUUCAUUAUCACCAGCUACUCUAUCUAUUUCAUCUUUAUCUUCAUUAGAAUCAUCACCAGAACCAUGUGAUUAUAAACCUGUUCACCGCGUUCAACGAAAAAAAGAACAGAAUAGAGCAGCCGCAGUCAGAUAUCGUGAGCGUAAACGCAAAGAGCGUGAUGAGCAAGCUAAUGUACUCGGCGAUCUUCAAACUACGAAUAAAGGACUUCAUACUAAAAUAGAUGAUAUAACCAGAGAAAUUGCAGUAAUGAAGAAGUUGCUUGUAGAGUUAGGAAUCAAUCCACAAAAACCUUAA